UUUUUAGAAAGGUACAAUCUUGUGGUCUUCCCCUGUGCCGCCAUGAUAGUGCAAUCUUCUAUGGCUUCAUGUACGAAGCACAUUGUCCGCCUGAGAGGGCGAACCCAACACAUGGGCUCAAAUGUCCUGGAAAUUGUUUCCAAAGGACAACCCAGUUCCUGUUCUCUGUGUUUCACUAGAAAGCGGAGUAAUCAUCAACAAUCACUGACUGUUAAGAGUUGGGUUAGUGCUAGAAGUUCUACCAGGAGAUAUUUGAAUAUCUCAUUGCCAUGCCAAAAUGUGAAUAUGGGCCUAUCAAUGUCAAGACAAGGAAUCAAGGGUAACAUGGGGACUUUAUCAUGGUCACAACAAGGGUGUACAUCUAGUGGCUGCUUAGUCUUUGGUCUCUUCGUUUGUUGUUGCUCAAAUUCCGAGCCCACGACCCAUGCUCAAGCACCAAUGGAAGAAGGACCGUGUUUUAAAACCACCUCCAAUGGAAGGAAAGUAUAUACUGACUAUUCAAUUACUGGAAUACCUGGAGAUGGAAGAUGUUUGUUCCGCUCUGUGGCUCAUGGGGCUUGCGUACGAGCUGGAAAAUCGCCCCCGAGUGAAAGCCUUCAGAGAGAAUUAGCAGAUGACUUGCGUGAUAGAAUUGCGGAUGAAUUUAUCAAGCGAAGACAAGAGACGGAAUGGUUUGUAGAAGGCGAUUUUGACACUUAUGUGAAACAAAUAAGGAAGCCACAUGUAUGGGGAGGCGAGCCAGAACUGUUUAUGGCGUCCCAUGUUCUAAAGAUGCCCAUCAGCGUGUAUAUGUACGAUGCGGAUGCCGGUGGACUAAUCUCGAUUGCAGAAUAUGGUCAGGAAUAUGGCAAGGACAACCCAAUUAGGGUUCUUUACCAUGGUUCUGGUCACUAUGAUGCAUUACAAAUUCCUGGAAGGAAGCAUGGUAAAUCUAGACUGUAGCUAGUGUUUUACGAGUAAAUGCUAAAAGAAAGAAAUUGCCACUAUCUCCUUUCUUUAUACGGUGUAUUUGGUGGUAAAAGCAAUAAUGUAUUGGGAGAUUGUAUCAACCGAUUGUAAAAGUAUCAAAAUCAUUCCUUUCACAGUUUAGACAUGAACAAGCACAAUUGGAUUCAUUCACCAUUUUCAAUUUCCUCUGUAGUUACUGAUACAUAAGAUGUCUGCAAAAUAAUCAUCUAGAUAAAACCUUUCAGGCUCCAUGUUAUGUAGGAAAGAAGAUUCCAAGUGAAGAGAAUUGAGCGUCUGACCUUCACUUUUUGCCUGUGAAUUUAUUCACUGCUCCAUAAUACCAUAAACUCUACUUUUGGAACUGGAAACCAUCUUGAAAUGCCAUGCUUCUCCCAUGGAUGUUGUUGGGAAUGUGCUGCCCUGGCAUGGUGGAGUAGCUCCCACCUGAAAACCUUAUUCCUCCCUCAGCCAUCCUCAAACCGACACCAUGGUUGGUUUCCCGAGGCAGACCUCCCAAUCCCAGUUGACUCUGGAUGGUUAAGUGACCAUUCACAGACUGAUGAAGUCCAACUGGAAACCCACUUCCAACACCUGGAGAUGACAUGCAGUUGUCUCUAAAGUAGCUCAGGUCCCUCGAACCCAAUGGUGUGAAACUUCUGGUGCUGCUGCUUUCUUCUGGCUGAAGCAACCUCUGGAAGUAUCCAAGGUAGCUUCCUUGAACCCUAGUUUGAACAUUGCUGUUGAAUGAAAGUGCAGCGUCAAGCCAACGGUUUUCACUUGCAUCAUGGGAUUUGUUAUUGACUGAAGGCAAAGUUAAGUACGUCGAAGAAGUUGCUUGUCCAGAUGGAUUAUUGUAAGUAAAACUUAGCGGUUCAAAUUCCAACCUUCCAGCUUUGUCCUUCACACUGGAUGGCAGUGAAAGAAUGGCUUGGCUGCAGUUAACUUGUUUGUCUUCAGCAACCCUUUUCCCCUUUCUAGACCUCCUUGAGGCUUCACCAGCUGAAUGGUUAGCACUUAUCCCCAAUACAAUCUUUGGCUGCUUCUCUGGGAUAGAAUCUGGUUUGGCAAAUAAUCCAAAACCUUCUUCUCUGCCUUCCUCUUCAGUUGAGCUCACUGGCACAAUUGCCAUGCUGUAAUCAUUUGGAUUCUCGGCUGGCAAGUUGCAGUAGUUGUAAGCAUCAGAAGGCCUCUUGUUCUUAUCUGAUCUUUGUGGUGUUACAACUCCACAGCUCUGAUCUAUUUUAAAAGGCCAGAAAUGAUUCUGCUGUUGCUGUUGAAUGUUCGCCUGCAGAGUCCUUUGAUUCUGCAUUCUAGUGUUAUCCUCGGAACUUGGCAGGUGCUUCUGCUGCUGAGGCUGAAAAUCAGUUUGGUGCUGAAACUGCUUGCUCAGCAGAAGGGUCUGGUACUGUGAUUGAGUGCUUGCCUCGAGAGAACCGUUUUGCUGUGGUAACUGAGAGCUCUUGCUUUGCCUCCUAUCGAGCUCCAAAGCAACCUCCUCAGCAAUUACUUUCUGCAGUUCUUCCUUCAACCAUGUCAGCAGGUUGCCUCUUGUCGCCUUCAUAUCGUCCAACAAUGAGCUCAUAUAAUUCUUCAGCUCAUUCAGCAAAACUUGCUCAGUAGCAGCAUUACCAUUACCAUUAUCAUUACUCUUCUUCCUCUGCUGGUUGCCCCUUUUAGCAGGCACCGCUCUCAUCUUCCUUUUGUUCUUAGCCGCAUCAUCUUUCGUUUUAAUACUACUAGUAGCUCUCCUCCUGCUGCCCUUUUUCUGGAUCUCGUUGACAUCAUUAGCUUCACCAUCAUCAUCCUGGUCAUUGUUAUCAUUAGCAGGACCUAGAGUUGAAGCCCGUUUAGGCUGCUUUAGAGAUGGCUCAUCAUCACUUGAGCUCGACUCAUUGCUUGAGGUAUCAAGCUCGUUGUCAUCCUUCCUCCUAAAUGUCCAUCGGUGUUGGAACUUCUCUUCUUGUUCCUCUCCAAUUGCUAAGGUCGACGGCAUUCUUUUAUGGGAAAACCCAGUAUUGUUUCUCUCUCAACAAUGGUUAGCAGCUAAUCAGCCUGCAACCAAUAAUGCCUGAUGCCCUUUUGCUGAACCAGGACGCCUUUGGUUUUUAAUUUUUACCUCUUCUUGCGCCACCACCAAUCAGAAGUGCAUUUCUUUCUUCACCCACCAGAACUGAAGCUUUUUUCUGGCAAUUUAUGCCUUCUGUUUUCUGGUCAGGGUCAAAAAAGGAAGAAAAUCAUGCGUUAUUUUGUUGACCCACUCUCUCCACAGGUUGUAUCACAAUCUGUACAACGACCCAGUUGCCA